AUGCAGCUUUCGUGUAAAGACUUUGACAAUCCAGAGGUUGCUAGGGCGGUGAACCCCCACCCCGACUACGGUUACUUCCACGGUCCCAUCCCGAACCUAAACCCCACUUGGCGCCCACACCCGGACCCCCGCACACCUGUGACCACCGCGGACAACAAGAGUAUGGGGCCCCCAGGACACAGGUCGGCUGAACAUGGGUCCGCCAAGGUUCGGAGUGGGGCAUCCAAAUAG